AUGGAAGAGAUUUUAAACAUUCAGACACCCGUCGCGUUUGACGAGUCAGUCGCGCACUACGAGAUUCACGCGCACCAGCCAUACACAGCCAGCACUUACAACAACAGCGACGAGAUCCGCAUCUCCAUUCAACAUCAAGAUCUAUGUCUUCUGCCAGCACGCAGUUCAUUGCACGUGUGCGGUCGAAUCGUCAAAGCUGAUAAUAGUUUUGUGGAGAAUGCCAGCUUAGUCAAUAACGCCAUCUGUCAUCUAUUCGAGGAAGUUCGAUAUGAGAUAAACGCUAUCGAGAUCGACAGGUGUAAGAAUGUUGGCUUGACUACCCUAAUGAAGGGUUGGAUAUCCAUCAAUCCCAAUCAGAGUUUGGAGAACGCGGGAUGGCUCGACGUCAAGGAGACAGCGUUGAGUUUGAGCAAUAACGAGGGGUACUUCGACGUAUGCAUUCCUCUGAACAUGAUCCUCGGCAUCGCCGAAAAUUAUCGCAAGAUCGUGGUCAACGUCAAGCACGAGCUCAUAAUCACGAGAUCGAGAAACGAUUUAAAUGCUGUUGUUCAAACGGCAGCCGGUAAUCCAGCUACUUUUGAAGAUUUCAAGAUUAAUUUAACGAGAAUCGAAUGGCUCAUGCCGUAUGUGUUGGCAUCCAAUGCUCACAAGAUACGUCUUCUGAAUUACAUCGAGAAGGAUAGACCCAUUGCCAUGAGCUUUCACAGUUGGGAGUUGUUCGAGUAUCCGCUGCUUCCAACUACACCAAAACACGUCUGGACGGUGAAAACUUCCAAUCAGAUGGAGAAGCCCCGCUUCGUUGUGGUGGGUUUCCAAAAGAAUCGAAAAGGACAGAAAGUUGCUAAUGCCAGUCGCUCUGAUCACUGCAACAUCAGCAAUGUGAAACUCUUCCUGAAUUCGCAGUGCUAUCCCUAUGGAAAUCUCAAUCUAGAUAUAUCUCACAACCAGUAUGUUAGUGCGUACUACGAGAAACAGGCCGAGCCUGUACUGAAUAAAACUGACUACAUCACGCACUUGCCUCUCAUUGUGAUAGACUGCUCCAAGCAGAACGAGUCGUUGAAGAGCGCUCCAAUGGACGUUCGUCUAGAAUUCGAAGCGAGAAACAAUUUCCCAGCUGGAACGUCAGCUUACUGUUUGAUACUUCACGAUCGCAUUGUACAGUACAAUCCUGGCUUCAAGCAACCUGUGGACGACUUCAUCAUCAAAGAGUUGGCGAUAGCGCCUCUACACGGUGAACAUCUAGUCUGGCUAUUCAAGGAACCCUUUCCUUGGCGCAGACUCUCGAACAAGUACAGAAAGGAAAAUUCAUGGCUCGAGCGCAGCUAUCAUGGCAUACCUUGA